CGAUCCAAGAUCAACGACCCUCAUUCGAAACAAGUUGCAGGAUGAUCUUUUUCACCUCGAUAUUUCCAUAAAUAAUAAGUCAGUGAUGUCUGUUAUUCGUAAUCGUGCGCUUGACUGACUGACUACUGAGCCAUGAGCUUACUCAACAAACUCUGGGACGACACCAUCGCCGGUCCUCCACCAGAUAAAGGUCUCGGAAAGCUGCGAAAACCGAAUCUUAGUUUUCGAUCAUUCAAUUCAGAAAAGGAAUCUGAAACGGGCGGGACUACGGGAGGAGCAGAGCAUCCUGCAACCAGAGUAACACGAAGUAUUAUGAUCGUCAAACCGGAGAGGAGUCUUAGCGAAACGCCUCCGGCGUCACCCGCCGGAUCUACUACUCCGGUCUCUCCAUUCUCCGGAGAAUCAUUCAGGUUUCGCAGGAAGUCGGCAUCCGAUGCUUUCGAGAAGGCAAGUGGAAUCGGAACUAGGAGCAGUCGUCCUCCUUACGAGCUGUGAGAUUUGAUGGAUAAUCAUCUGAGUUUAUGUAUGUGUGUUUCACUUUAGUAGGUGAUAAUAUCAUAUGUAUGUAUGCAUGCAUGCUCUAGUACGUUUCUCUUCAUGACUCGUUAAGUUGACUUCCUUGUAAGAUAAGUAUCUGUAACAUGGUUCGUACGUUAAUAAUCUUAGUGUUAAUGCUUUGCGUU